AUGGCUCAGGUACCGGUGCAGACGAUCCAUAGGGAUCCCCAGCUCUUUUACUGGAUUCUGUUUCCCAUUACGGUGGUCAUGGUCCUGACCGGCAUCCUACGACACUACGCGACCGUCCUGCUAGCGACGACCCCCAAGGCCCAGGAGCUCAGGGCGAUCAGAGAGCAGCGCUCGCUGGGGCACGGCAUCCAGGUCCGGUCCAACUUCCACGUGCUGUCGCGGCGGUCCUUCAACGUCCGGCGCGAUGCGCUGACCGCCGCGUACGAGUCCGGCGCCUAUCUCAAGGCCCCCGAGAACAAGGGCCAGGCGCCGCCCAACCCGAUGACCGACCCCAACGCCAUGGAGGGCAUGAUGGGCGCCAUGAAGGGCCAGAUGGCCAUGAUUAUCCCCAACACCAUGAUCAUGAGCUGGAUUAACGCCUUCUUCUCGGGAUAUGUCAUCAUGAAAUUGCCGUUCCCCUUGACCAUCAAGUUCAAGAGCAUGCUUCAGGCUGGCGUGGCCACCAAGGACAUGGACCCCAGGUGGAUGUCUAGUAUUUCAUGGUACUUCUUGUGUAUCUUUGGACUGCAGCCCGUCUUCAACUUCAUCCUCGGUAGUGACAACGCCGCGAACCAGAUGGCCCAACAGAUGGGCCAGAUGGGUCCCCAACAGGGCCAGCAGAUGUUCGGCCCCGGUGUCGACCCGAACAAGCAGUUCCUCGGCGAGGCGGAAAACCUAGCUGUCAUCGAGCACUACUCUGUCCUCGACAGUGUGGAGGACCGGCUUCUUGAGAGUAUCAAGGUGUAG